GGCAGCGUCUCCUCCGCCGCGCCGUGCGCUCGAGCGGAGCGGAGCCGCGGCUGUUUCCUCCCAUCGGCCGCUGCAGCGGACGGCGCUCGGGGUUCCUGCUCCGAACGGGCGCUUCCGCCAAGGUUGCGCCGCCAAGAUCAACUCCCACACAAGUUGCUCCCGUUCCCGAAAAGCCAAAGACACACGUGAGUGCGGACGUCGGCGCGCGCAGCCGCUGCUCGGAGCGGACUGAGAGGAAGCCGCCUCUGCGAUGGGUCGCUCACCUUCCGGACAUCUGGUGACCGAGCGCCCGCGAGCCGCGCACGCGCACACGCACGCCGCCUGCAGGCUCCGCCGGCCGCUUUAAAGGAGUCUCCUCCGCCCGCUGCUCUCCGCAUCAGCCGCCCUCGUGUUCCUGUGCUCCGUGAAGCCAACGCUCCGCCGCCGCUUCCAGGGUCUCCCCUCCGUUCCUCCCCCCUCCGUCACCCCCGUCCCCCGUUAUCUCCUCCCAGCGUGCGCCUUUCUCUCACCAUCGCUCGCCACUAAACUGUCUCCGCUUCUUUUAACGUCUCCCAGCAGUCUGUCGCUCCUCCGCUUUGCCCGAGGGCACACCGGACGCAUCGCACCCCCCCCCCCCCCCUAAUUGGCGUCGCUCCCCGCGCCUCUCAGCAUGUUCUCCUCCGAGGAGCCGUGGAACUCCACGGGGCAGAGCUGGAGGAACGGCUCGGAGGCGAACUUCUCCCUGGGAGGAGAAGGGGAGGAUGAGGAGGAGGAGGGCGGCGAGCACCCCUUCCUCACAGACGCCUGGCUGGUCCCGCUCUUCUUCUCCCUCAUCAUGCUUGUUGGGCUCGUGGGCAAUUCCCUGGUGAUUUAUGUCAUUUCCAAACACAGGCAGAUGAGGACGGCGACCAACUUCUACAUAGCGAACCUGGCCGCCACCGACAUCAUCUUCCUGGUGUGCUGCGUCCCCUUCACCGCCACCCUCUACCCGCUCCCCGGAUGGAUCUUUGGCAAUUUCAUGUGCAAAUUCGUCGCCUUUCUGCAGCAGGUCACCGUCCAGGCCACCUGCAUCACCCUGACCGCCAUGAGCGGCGACCGCUGCUACGUCACCGUGUACCCGCUGAAGUCGCUGCGGCACCGCACGCCCCGGGUCGCCAUGCUGGUCAGCGUCUGCAUCUGGAUCGGCUCCUUCAUCCUGUCCACCCCCAUUUUGAUGUACCAGCGCAUAGAGGAGGGCUACUGGUACGGGCCCAGGCAGUACUGCAUGGAGAGGUUCCCGUCCAAGACGCACGAGAGGGCCUUCAUCCUCUACCAGUUCAUCGCUGCCUACCUGCUGCCGGUGCUCACCAUCUCCUUCUGCUACACGCUGAUGGUGAAGCGGGUGGGACAGCCCUCCGUGGAGCCUGUGGACAACAACUACCAGGUGCGGAAGUGGCUUUGUGUGCUUUUGUACUCGCUGCUCCUUUGCCGCCCGAGCCCGACCCUCUCCUCUGCUCCCCAGGUCAACCUCCUGUCCGAGAGAACCUUAAGCAUCCGGAGCAAAGUCUCCAAGAUGGUGGUGGUGAUCGUGCUGCUCUUCGCCAUCUGCUGGGGCCCCAUCCAGAUCUUCGUCCUCUUCCAGUCCUUCUGCCCCAACUAUCGGCCCAACUACGCCACCUAUAAGAUCAAGACGUGGGCCAACUGCAUGUCCUACGCCAACUCCUCCGUCAACCCCAUCAUCUACGGGUUCAUGGGGGCCAACUUCCAGAAGUCCUUCAGGAAGACCUUCCCGUUCCUCUUCAAGCACAAGGUCAGAGACAGCAGCAUGGCGUCGAGGACGGCCAACGCCGAGAUCAAGUUUGUGGCUGCGGAGGAAGGCAACAACAACAACGGAGUCAAUUGAAUCGGAUCAUUCAAAAUGCGAAGGGGGUUAUUGUUUGUAGCCGAACAUGCUAAAAACCAACCGUUUCCAGAGGUCAGACUGUGUCUCAUGAAGCCGAGGUCCCAACAGGCUGCUGUGGAAACAGGCCUGCAGAUGCUGACGCCUGAUCCGCUGCCAGGUCUGGCGCUGGUGGCUCAGCAGGACUUCGGUUGCGCUGCCAAACACCACUGCGGUGAUUCAUUAUGCCUGAACAGCGACAGCGGACGGUAAACGGUGUCACGAUGAGCUUCUGACGACACAGAGACGCGAACGCUUUUCAUUUUGCCACUUUGGGAACGCACUCAUCGUGUUUCUUGGGGAGUGAUGUCAGAGCUGCUCCUCAUCUUGUCUGUCUCUCAGCUACGUGCAUUUCCAAUGCUGUCUUCAGUGUUUGCGGGGGGAUUUCCAGGGAGGAACCUCUCUUCAUUCAUGCUCAUGUUCCGACCCAACGCGACUAACACCCAGGCAGCUGCCUUGAUUCCAGGCCCGAUUCCGCUUUUAUAAACGCACGUCGGCACUCAGGGUAGCGACAGUCCAGUGAAAGCAGCUGCUGCCAGAUGUGGAGGGGGGGGGGUUCUGGCCGGAGACGGGCUCACAGCCGGCGAAGCAGAGCCAGCGUUCGCCAUUCGCACCUUCCCAGAACCAGCGCUGCCGAACGUCUGCCGCUGCUUGUUAAUGACUGCACAGCUGCCGCCUGCUCACAGUCCUCUGUCCGUCCCACACAGUGACAUUCACAAAUUAGUCCAAUUACGGCUAAUGCACUUCUUAUUUGAAUUGUAGAUGCAUGCCUCGCUGCCAUCAGGGCUCCAUUUGAGGAACAUCAGAGCGUCUCCAGACGGAGCCCAGAGUGCUUUGGCUCCUGUAAUUAGCCGCGAUCAGGCAACAAAAAGCUGCAAGAUGCUCGUCAUUAGCUGAAAUCGCGCGUUACACCUUUAACUGUGGCUGUGGAGCAUCGGACACAGUCAGUGGACUUGAGUGUUCAUCUGUCGCCGCUUCGUCUCCUGCGCUUCGUCCGUGACUCGUCCGACGUGGGUUCCGUCUGUGUGUUGAGCCUUUAACGGCUCCUUCAGCUUCAUAGGAUCUGUUUGUGGCCCAGCGAGCAGCAGCCUGCGUGUAGAGAUGUAGCUAUUGUCAGUGCCUACAAAUAAUGUUCUUCUUUCCUGUGAGCCAUUAAAGAGACGAGCCACCCACGUGCCCCGCGUUUCAUUUUCACGCUGUGGCAAACAUCCUGGAGGAAUUAAAGCAGGCAACUGUUGUCUCAACUGUAUGUGAGUCACUGACAUUUUGCUGGCGCUGAAAGAGACGCUGGACUUUUUGUUAUGCUGGAGGCAACGCUUGUCCUUUAACAGGCAGUCAGACCACGACUCCUGCAGGAAGUCCCCACCAGCACUUAGCUCGUGUUUGAGAGGAAGGGAUCAAUGGAGCUGCAUCGGAGCGUGUCGUUCUCAGGCCUCUUCACUAACUCCUCCAAACGUGUCCGACCGCGUUCAUUAAAAUGCUUUGCAGAUACUGCAUUUCCAAGUCCGGUCCAGCUCUUGUUUGAGCGCUCGUCUGGUGGUUUGAGUUGAACUUGCUGAUCAAAGAAGGGAAUUGGUGCAUAAGGUUAUUGGACCCUUCAGCCCGAGUCUCAUAAUCAUGCCCCACAUCUGCCCUCGGACCAGUCAAAGGCUUCGCACUGAGCGGUGCCUGCUGCUGAUUUUCAGGCAUCAUUAAUGGAGACUUGAUGCCAUGUGAGUCACCGCUCCUGCCCACGCGAUGCACCGUUGCCCCCGGUGAUGCUGACCUUUCAAACACUAAAGAGUCCAAACUUGACUUGGAGUUCAUUCAGGGCGAUGCUGCAGGAAACGGCAGCGAGACGCGGCCCGGGAGUUGAGCAGAGGUGGGAGCCAGCAGCUACACGGGACCCAGAGGUUCCACGAAGGCGGCACUUCAAACGAUGCGUCUCCUCAUUUGGCCCCUUUAAACAUCACAGAGCAUUACGCCACCAGCGCGAUGCUGCUUCAGCGCUGCUAAUGUGGAGCUCCGAGCGCUGCAGUUGGUCCCACGUCACACAACAAUGCGACAGUGGGAAAAGCAUCAGCCGAGAGUCCUUCGUCGUCACCUCCAGCAAACAAAGAGGACAGUGCAUCUUUUAUCAGAGCCUCAGACUCCACGCAGGCUGUCGUCCAUCAUAACGCUGAUUAUUAAUGUGUGAACACUUCUCCGUCCAUGAAGAACCUCCUCGGCUCCGCAUUCUGUCCGAGUCUGUAUUCUGUCUGCACGGCUCUAUGAUAACGCUGGAUUCUACAGGGAUGAUGCUGCUCAUCUGUUCAUAGCUGCUGCUGCUGUGAACAUCCAGAGCUCGGUGAGCGUCCAGCUCUGACUUGGAUCACAUCAAUCCAGCAGCUAAACAUUGCCCACACAUUCCCACAGCCUCCACCUCAUUUAUCCCCUGUGAAUGGGAGGGGUCUAAUCGCUGGCUUCAUUUCCCCUGUGAGGGGCUGCAGGUGAAAUGAAUCAAUGCAGAAUGACAGAUCCCACAGUAAACGUGCAUCUGGAUCCGUUCUGCCACUGGAUGCUGCUGUGCAGUAGAUCGGACUGCGCUAAACACAAACUCUGCUACGUGAUUAAUGACUUCAACCCACUCCCGCAGGAAAUUAACAGUCAGUUUGGAGAAUGCAACAACAAAAUGAAAAGCGGCCACGAGAGACGCGCAAGCUGCUGUUUAGCAUCGGCCCGACAGCCGCUGGAGCAGUGAUGGAGCAGGAGAAGAGUCCUGACAUUUACGUCCAAAUGGGGUUGGAGCUUGUUUUUCUGGACCAGUCAACAAAGGCCAGUCAUCAGUCACUGAGAGGGACCCAUUCACUCCUUCUUCAAUCUUUUUUUAAUUUUGAUCAUGUCUGACUUCUUAGAUCACGACUACGCAGAGAAGGACCUCUGUUGUUUAGAAAUCAGGAUUUUCACUAUGUCUCUUGUGAACAAGGUGUGUUUUAUCUGUUUAAUUUUCAAAUCAUACAUGACGGUUCUACCCUCAACUUAAAGAAAAAUAUGUAAGCAAAUUUAGCAAACACAUUAAAAUGUACCAGCGGCGGAUCAUAGUAAACAUUCAGCUCCAUUCUGGGGAAAUUGGCUUGGAAAUGUGAGCAGCGCUCAGGCAGCGACGCAGCAGGAGGCGCAGGAGAUUGAGGCGAGCGCGUCCUCCUGCUGUUUUCCAUUCUUCUGCAGCGUGAGGCCAGAGAGGAUGCAGGACGACGCGGUGCCACCGUCGAUUGCAAUCGCUCACACGCGAGAGGUGUCGGCUCCAAUCUGGCCCCGAGGGAGAGGCCGCGUCCCGGUGGUGCACGUGUCCGUGGCGUCCUGAAGAGGGCGCCGCGGAGCCAGAGUCACGCGGGAAACGCUCAGACGGGCGGCAGCGCGUCCGGAGCCCGUCGGCCCGUUUGGCCGCCGUGCGCGCUGUGUGGGAGCGCACGUGCGUCCAGUGUGGCUGCGAAGACAGAAAAAUAGAAACACAAAAACACAAGGAUGGCUGUUGACACCACUGCUUCUGCUCCGGCCCCAGAAACCACAUCAGACGCCGCGAGGGGCCUCAUGAGACGACUGGUAGCAAAGAAGCAGCGACUGGACUCAGCCGAAGACGGGUGUAAGUUAUUGUGCGGAGCGGCUGCUGAUCUCAGUUUGGGCAUCGCAUGCAGGAUGUUUUCCCACUCCUGUAGAGAUGGAAACUGCCUUGUGGUCUUCGCCCCGAUGGCCUCGCAAUAAAUAUAAAAUAACAAAAUCUCAAAUGAAAGUCGUAUAACUCUGGGUGGCCCUGCCUUGUAAAACACAGCAAAUAAAGCUGACGAUAAUAAGCCUGAGCAGAAGCCUUGAACGUCUGAGGGAACCUCGUGAUCACAAUUAAAGAAGAGGAAGAGUGCAGCUGCAGUCGCAGAGCAGCCUCCCCUGUUUUCGCCCGCGUUGGAGACGAAUGACGGCCGAGGCCUAACGCACGCAUUGUCAGCUGAGGCUGGAGAGGGAAAAUAAUUCUCACAGAGUGGAACGAGGGGAAAGGCAGAGGCGGCCGGACACAAAGGGGCCUUUCUACCAGGAGCAGAGCUGCUUCACGUCACAGCGCCAGCAGGAAACCACACCAGCACCGCCGCCACCGACCAGUGUGUGUGUGUGUGUGUGUGUGUGUGUGUGUGUGUGUGCGCACGCGACACAGACAGAGAAAAGGCAGGAGGAGGAAGGAAAGGGGAAAAAUAAAGGGGUCUGGGGGACUUAAUGAAACCUAAUAUCCUGCCUCUGGUCUAAAAAUAAAUGGCGCAACAAGCACAUAAACACAGCAGAGGACGCACGUGAGGAAAAUGAGUGGUACACACAGUCAUGGCGGCAGCGUCCAGCGGUGCACAGCUGCAUUUAAUGGAGAGUAAAGGUGCGUCUGAAUGUGGAAACCGUACAAACGACGUGCGUCUGUGACCUGGAAAUUAGUCUGUGUGAUGAUUAUUCACGUUACUCGGAAAACACGAAACAUAAUUUACUUCUAUGAUUAUGACAAAUAUUCAGAUAAUAUUUGCAGAUUGAACAUGAUGGUGACCUAAAUACUUUUAUUGUGCAGUAAACAUUCAGAAGGUUCAGCCUUUGGCAGAUAAUGACAAACAGUCAUAAAGCAAGUUUCCUACCUGAACCAACCGAUUCAAUCACUACCUUGACCUAUGACCUUAAUGAGGCGUUCAAAUACCAACUGACUUAGUUAAGGCCCAACUGUGAUGUCUUUACAUCUGACGUUCUGUGCUUGUGGACGAGUGUGUGAGAAGCUGUGACCUCCUCUGGCCGAUGGAACCCACCACGCUGCUUCUCAGGCCGUGUUGCAUUCGAGUCACGUAGAAACCGUGGUAAACAUGAGACAUGAGCGUUGGCUCGUACACGUGAACACAUCACUGCAGCCUCAACGCUGCACGUCUGCGUCUGGAGCUCGUGUCCAGAGGAAGGAAGGUUAGAACAGGGGCACGGCCUUAGUCAUGUUGGUUCAGAAGGUUGAGUUGACGGCGCUCACACAUUUUGUAACUAUUGUAAAUGCAUUUCUGAGUAUUAAACCCCCAGUUCAGCCCUCUGAGCGCUAAUUACAGCCCUGGGUGCCUCCACAGGCUCCCACACCUGGUUUAGACUCUUUAUCCCGUGCUUCCUGGCAGAUUCCACGGCCGUCUCAGUGUCUGUGAGCCGCCGUCGUCAGGCUCCUCCCCAGGUGUUUGUUGGGGUCUGAGUCCAAACUGGAGUUCGCUGAAAGGAGAGUCCUCGGCUCAUCUUCACGCCUCACGCGUGCGAUCGUUGGCUCUGAUGGAACGGAUCAGCACGCGGUGAGAGUCCUGACACACCUCCUGCUCCACCGCAGCGCGUCUCCGUCUCCUAAACGCCAGGCAGACGCAGGGAAGGUGUGAGAAACGAGGUGAUGAAAUAAACGACACACUUAUUCCUCCAGGCGUCUCGACUGUGUGGGAUUAUAUCACCUGAACCUUCCCUCCCUCCACCGCAGCGGGCGAACGCAACGUGCCGUCGCUGUAAUUACACCUCCGCUGGCUGUGUGUGAUAAUGUUAAGCUGCAGGAAUGUUGCAUGUGUUCAUGUCUUACCUCCUGCUGUGUCAUCCAUCACGGUGGUCUGACGUGACGCGCUGUUGUCUGCAUGUUCUCAUCGGAGCCCGGCGUCGACUCUCAGGGACCGACAGACAAAUCUGAGCGUUUUCUCUCUGAAAGGGAAGAGGAUUAAGGGAGGGGCAGGGCUGAGUCUGAGAACGCUACAAGUUCUGCUUUCAAAUCCAGGUCUGCAGUUUAUGUAAACCUAGAUUUAUUGCAAAAUUAAAUCUAUAUUUUGGAGAGAAAAUACAAAAUGUACUAAUUUACUAAGAAGCAAACGAUAGAUUGAAAGCAUAUGUUAAACAUUACAAGAAGCUGCAAUUAAAAUAUAACAUUUGCAAUAUUUAAAUUAAUCAUUAAAUGUUUAUUGCAACAUACAACAUCACUGAUACAACACAUUCAACAGAUUUUAAUUUAUUAUUUUUAAUUAAUAAGAAUAAUAAUGUUAAAUAAUGUUUCAUAGCAAAACAAGUCAUAUACAGUAACAUGAUCAAAUGUUAGAAAAUGAUUUAAUAAUUAUUAAUUAUUUAAUAAUUAUAUUUACAAAAUAACAAUACCAGUGUAAAAAAUAAUAUACUUGCAAGGUUGCAAAAAUGUCAAAUCUUUGUAUCAUAUGUGGAAAAUUAAUAAAGAAAAAAAAACAACGCUUGAAACGCGAGCAGUGAGCAAAUAAG